AUGAUCAGUGGCUGGAGAGUAUCCAGCAUACAGGACAAAUUGUGUUACCUGGGGGAUGCAUUCCUGCACUGUAAAAGUGAGGCAGCCUCAUGGAAUCUGCUGGGGAAGCCAGAGAUUGUAGAAUACACAGAGGAAGCGAUUGCUACAAUGACCCAAAUGACACAAAGAAACCAACAUUCUGAGACUGAAGGGCAAGUCCAGAAGAAAAAAAUCUUCUGGAGGCACUAUAUGAGAAAUCUUCACUACACAGAUCCCAAUGGAGAAGAGAUGUCCUUUAAUGAGAGAGGAAAUCUGCCCUCUGAGUGGUCCACAGCAAACUUGGUUUUGUACAAAACUGGCACAAGAUAUAGAAUUACUAUACGCUAUGUGACCACCAUUGAAGAGUAUCUAAAAUAUGACCUGAUUAACCACAUUGCCCCAGGAGAAAUCACAUGGAAAGAAGGCAAGGUAACUGUGUCCAAAAACAGCAAUUACUGCAAAUAUGUCCAGUCUCACCCAUGGAUCCCCAAAUCUCUGUGUAAUGACAGAUGUCCUCCUGGGUACAGAAAAGCCUCUAACAGAAGAUUACAUUCCUGCUGCUAUGACUGUGUCCCAUGUUCUGAGGGAGAAAUGUCCAAUAUUACAGACAGUGAGACCUGCCAUAGAUGUCCCAGUGAAGAGUGGUCUGAUGAGAGUAAAGUGAGGUGUGUUCCCAAAACAUAUGACUUUCUGUCCUAUGAACAGGACAGUGUGGCGCUAGUUUCCUCAGUAGCAGCUUCAUCUUUCUCUGCCAUAACAUUAUUUAUAUUAGGGAACUUUAUUUAUUACUGGAACACCCCAAUUGUGAAAGCCAAUAACCGGGCUGUGAGCCUCAUUCUCCUGAUCUCCAUCUUGCUGAGCUUCCUCUGUGUGUUCUUGUUCCUCGGCCGCCCGGUGGAUAUAACCUGCAGGCUUAGACAGACAUUUUUUGGGAUCUUCUUCUCCACAGCUGUCUCUUCUGUACUGGGCAAGACUGUCACUGUCUGCAUUGCUUUCAAAGCCACCAAACCUGGAAGUCCCUGGAGGAAGUGGGUCACACUCAAAGUCUCUAAUUAUGUGGUCAUUGUGUGCUCCUUGGUUCAAGCUCUGAUAUGUAGUAUCUGGCUGUCUGUUUCUCCUCCCUACCAGGAGUAUGACCAUCAUUCUCAUCUAGGAAUGAUCAUCAUUCAGUGUAAUGAGGGGUCAGUGAUUGGGUUAUACUCUAUGUUGGGUUACAUGGGGAUCCUGGCAUCUGUGAGCUUUGUUCUGGCUUUCAUGGUGAGGACAUUACCAGACAGCUUUAAUGAGGCCAAGUACAUCACCUUCAGCAUGCUGGUGUUCUGCAGUGUCUGGAUUGCAAUGAUCCCGGCCUAUCUGAGUACCAAAGGGAAAUACAUGGUGGCUGUGGAGAUAUUUGCCAUACUGACCUCAUGUGCUGGAAUUCAGGGCUGUAUAUUUUUCCCAAAGCUGUAUAUUCUGCUUUUGAAACCUGAAAUUAACUCUAGAAAAAUGUUGCUGGAGAAAGACAAAGUAUAA